AUGAAGAGUGUUGACACUCCGAUUAUCGAGACCACCUUCACCCCUGCAGAGAAGGACAAGCAUGCUGAUGGCACGAAGACCAUCCAUGGCUUCUUCAUAACGACGACAGUUCUUGGCCAGGGGUCCUUUGCCAAAGUGAAGCUGUGCAUGGAGCAACUGACCGGCACGGAGUUUGCCAUCAAGGUUUUUCGGAAACUGCCUUUGCGCCGAAAGCGAGAAUUUACUCGCUCCGACGAUGGCGAGGGCAUGAAAGUCCGCACCGUGCUGGACAAGGUUUACGAUGAGAUUACCUUGAUGAAAACAGUCUCACAUCCCAGAUGCGUUCAACUGCAUGCAAUUCUCGACGAAUCGGCCUCCAAUGGCAAGCUGUACGUGGUGCUGGAGUACCUGCGCGGUGGUCCAUCCAUGGAGUGGGAUGAGUCAGAAUGUUGCUUCCAGGCGCGGGCCGGACCGAUCACCGAGCAGGUGGCGCAAAGAUUUGUGCGCGAUACCCUGCAAGCCUUGGACUACUUGCACCAAAAGUGGAUCGCUCAUCGGGACGUGAAGCCACAGAAUUUGCUGCUCGAUGGACUCGGUGGCUUGAAGCUGGGAGACUUCGGGGUCGCGACUCGGAUGCCAGAUGACUACUUGGUCCAGGGUACUGAGGGCACUUAUCAUUUCUUCUCGCCCGAGAUGUGUGCCAGUGGCUACAAGGGUCACGAUGGGCGCCGCGCCGACAUUUGGGCAACCGGCAUCUCUCUGUGGGGAUUUCUGUUUCAGUCUCUGCCCUUUCUGCACAAGGCCUGUGGGACUUUGUGGCCUGGGUGUCCCGUGUCUGCCUUGCAUCUCUUGCUGAAGCGGCAGGAUCUGCCCGCUUUGCUGGACACGAUCGCGAUGGGCACCUACGAGCUUCCUGCGUGUGACUUGCCUGGGAGGGAGUUGACAGGUCGUGACCGUGAGAUCAAAUUUGCAGCUUCGCGCCCGUCGUGUAUCUUCGAGCUCAGUCCUUCGUUGAACCAGGGCAUUGCUAGCCAUGUUGCCGCUGCCAUGACAGAUGCGGCGCUGGAAGCAGCCCUGCGAGAAGCCCUCUCUGCCGACAGUAUCCAUGGGGCCUUGCGCAGUGCAGCAGUUCGUCCUUUGGGCGCCGAUGCCCUAGAAAGUGCCGUCGCGCAGCUCCAUGGGCGAGUGCUGUCGGCUUAUCAAUCGGCAUCGACGGCUGCUUCCCAGUCUCGUCAAUCCAGAGAGGCCUGCGGAGACCAGCAACCUGAGCCUGAUGCCUACAAUGUUCGACUGAACUUUACGGAUCAGGACCAGAACCCUCUCCCAACAAGGACGUCUGAGCUUGUCGUGGACCAUCAGAAGGCAACUGCAAGGCUGACAUGCACGCACUGCCGAAGGCCGCUAAAGAUGGAUCUGAUGCUUUCGGAACCGGAAUCUUCAGUGGACCUUGAAAAGCCACGGUGUGCGUACGUGGCAGUCCUGGCCGAUGGUAAGACCACCAGCUUUCUACAGGCAUGGAUGCUUGGCUUGAGUCUCGCAAGGCACAGCCAAGGCCCAGCUGGGCCAGAGAGAAUGCUCAUACACAGCCCAUCAGUACCAAGGCCUUUUCUUGAGGUGUUGCGGCAGGUGUGGCAACUGACAGCUGGAUCCCUUGGCUCAUGGCCCAGCAUUCUGAACUAUCCUCUGCUGAACCCCUCCUCCGACCGACUUCUUCGAUUGCGGGCUCUGGGCCUGAAGUUUGACAAGGUGCUGGUGCUUGCACUGGGGACAGUUGCCACGGCUGACCUCGAUGAUGUCUUUGAUGCAAGCUGCCCGGCCUUCGUUGCGGAGAAGUCCAGCGCUUUUCCUCAGCAGGCAGGUUUGCCAUUGAUGCUGCUACCUUGCAGCCACCAGGCCAUGCGCAAAGUUGCGUUUGACACAGGACACAGAUCCCAAAAUGCAGCCUAUCCUCCCCGGACUAUAGCUGGACAGAAGCAGGUGGAAGGAGACGAAGUGCUGGUCUACUUGAAAGGCUUCUACCGCACCUUCUUCCAACGUGACAUGUUGGAGCUGCCUUCAGAGCUGUGCUCGAGAUUGCAGCACGUCGCUGCGAAGGUCUGGAGGGACUUGGAACAGCUUCUGCGAAGAGCCUCUUCGUGCGCCUCGGGCGAGACAGAGCGGUUGCUCGAGCUCGUGGGCGCGGAGGACCGCUCCGAGGUCUCGAGUACGCUGGCUUCUGUCGACAGGGAGCGCUGUGAGAACUGCAAGGCUUAUGACUUCAAGGGGACUUUGGAUCCACUGGACGGUCGGUGGCGUUGCAGGUUUUGCUGGGAGCAUAUGCUCUUGGACUCUGCUUUGCAGGAUCCUGGCUGCAUACCUUUGCCAUUCCAUGAGCUUGAGACUCUGCAGAAAGAGCUUGAGGAAUGUUUCGUUCCCGGUGAGAGGCAGCGAUGGCGAUGGAAGGAGUGGGAGCGAGACAGAAGAUGGAUCGAGUUUCGGCCCAAGGGCGUGCUCUGGCACAGCAGCAACCAAGUGGGGGCCUGGGAGAUGUGGACGGAUCGGGGCAAGCGACAGCUGGCCAUGAAUUUCGUGAGCUUCGACAAGGAUGGGAGGCCAAGGCCCGAAACCAGGCACUUGCUGGAAUUGAAAGACGGUGAUGCUUCGGCACGCUUCGAGGAGUACCAGCGCGAGCAGUUCCGACCUCUCGGUUUCGCGUCACAGGGUCGCAGCUACAAAGACCAGUCGAAGAUAACACUUCAUCCGCCCCAAGGCUUUCAGCCACGGCGCAGACCUCAAGAGAAGCCAUUGGGAAAUGGUGUCUCCAGCGAGAAGAAGCUCGAGCGAGAGCCACAUGAGACCGUGGACUCCGUGGACCAAGCAUCCCCAGGUGACAAGCAAGUGCUCUCCACUGACAUUCACGUGCCCAAGCACGCUCCUGCUGUGGAGAUGGGUCCGUUGUACUUCGAGACGGCUCAGAUGUCAGCAGCUGUAGGAGAAGGCCUCGGCACCCAAAGUCUACACCUACCUCUGAGCCGCAAGAGCUACGUUUUGAAUUCGUGGUUCGUGGGACCUUGCCUUGUCGUUGUGAAGCAAGUUCAAUGGCCGGCCCUCCGUGAGGCGAUCCUGUUCAGCGACCUUUGGCGGGUGAAUUGCUGCAAGAUCCAUGGCUCAGACAAGGAGGCCAUCGUUGGUCCCGAUGAGGUCCAGGAUUGUGCUCGCGGAAUUGAAAAAGGAUUUGAGAGCCCGACGAGUGGACAAGAUGGUAAUGAUUUGAGCAGCAUGGAUCUUAGGCUCGGUGCUCUGGUACGGGAGAUGUGCCAGCUCCAGCCGGGGAGGCGCUGCAGCGCCAAGGAGGGUUGGAGGUGUGGGAUGCGCCAUGCCAUGCGUUCCCGACACCGUCGAGCUGUGCUGAUCGCAGCUGCGCUGAUAGCAGCUUUCUCACUCUGCUCUCCAACAAGAUCCUGUGCAUUUGCAUCGGGGCUGGACCGUGAAGCUGCGGGCGGCAGGGGUGGCAAGCUCCGGCGCCAUGCAGUGCCGCAGUAUUCAAAGGUCAACUAUGAGCUCGAUGAAGAUGGGGCCAAGGCAGCCCCGGGCUCUCGAAGAACCCAGGACUGGAAGGCGAAAGCCUUCGGAGCCGGGCUGGAUGAUGCCGCUUUCGACCAGGAAAGGCUCUUGGACUAUGUCUGGGCACGACCCUGGGAGAUCCUGCAGCGCUUGGCCUCCACUCUGUCCAUUGCGUUUGGGAUAUGGUGGGCAUGGAGGGAUCGCAAGAGUGAAGCGACCAGUGAGACUCUGCUCACGACGUCCCUCUCCCGUAAGGGUCCGCACACCGCGAGUGGCGAGGCCUUGCGCCAGGGCCUGCAGCGCAUGGGCGUCUUCUUCGUGAAGAUAGGCCAGACGGCAGCGCAGCGGCCUGACAUCGUCGGCGACGAAGUGGCCGAGGAGUUGAAAGGGCUCCAAGAGCAAAGCACACCCUUCAGCGAUGAGUUGGCACUCACAAUCCUGGCCGAAGAUUUGCAGCAGAAGGGGCCCUUAGCUCCGGGGGUCUGUGCCAAAAAUUGCACCGACCCCGAUGGGGAACCACUUCUCAAGGAGCUGAACCCGCAGUACGUUGCUUCUGCAUCCUUGGGGCAAGUCUACCGAGGCAGGAUGCAUGAUGGACGUGAGGUUGCGCUGAAGAUUCAGAGGCCAGGUGUGCGUGAAGUCCUGGGGCUCGACUGGGCGGUUGCCACACUGGUGAGUCGGGCGUAUCAAAAACUGGUUUCUUCACCGAACGACUAUGGCGCUGUUGUGGAUACAGUGGCACGUGGAGUUCGAAUGGAGCUGGAUUACUACAACGAGGCUGCAAAUGCCGAAGAGUUUGCUCAGCGACACGCCUUUCUCCCUUUUGUGACUUCGCCCGGGUGCAUACCGCAGCUCAUGGGCCCUCGCGACAGCUCGCGCGUGCUUGCAUUAAACUGGUACCCUAGCCGCUCGCCCAAGGAGCUGCCCUUACAAGAGCGGCGACUGUUGGUGGAAAUGGCCGUCGAAGCUUGCGUUGUACAGCUACUAGUUACGGGCUUCGUUCACGCAGAUCCGCACGAGGGCAAUCUCAGGAUGGGCGAUGAUGGUCGUGUGGUCUUCCUGGAUUUCGGUCUCAUGGACCGCGUGGACUUCGGAAUCAUGGAGAGCUGCGCCGCCGGAGUUCGUCAGGUUCUGGACAAAAACUGGCUAGACCUGACGACAACGUUUCAGGAUGUGCGCUUCACUCCGAAGCCGCUCAUGAAGAACAUGGCCCAUGGAAAAUCGAAGACUCCGCAAUACGAGCCUUGCGGUAACGAAGAGUUUGCCGUGGCCGUCGGUGAGCAAAUCGAGAUGGAGGCAGGCGGUCAGUCGCGCUUUGGAGCCAUGGCAGUGGCCUUGAAGAAGCUUUCGGAUCGCUAUCUGAUGUUAACUCCGCCGUUCAUCGCCCUUCUAUGCCGGACUUUCAUCACGCUGGAGGGGCUUCUAGGAGAUGAUCCUGCCUUAGUGGAGUCUUACAACGUGUACCAGAAAUCGCUGCCAUUUGCCAUCAGUCGCUUUCUUUCACCUCGCACCAGGAAGGGUUGCAGGGCUUUGCGCAGCACUCUGCUGGAUAGCCAGGAAGCGAGUGGAGCCAGCCAGGCCUCACAAGGAGGCUCCGUUCUCCCGAACUGGUCAAGUUUGAGUACUCUUCUCACUGCAGGGUCCCAGACGGAAGCCGAUGCCGGAGACGGCUUGCUCGACUUCGCGGACUUGGGGGCAGAAGCGGCAGUACAGCGGAGACUGCUCCGAACGGCUGAAGGGGCAGCUUUGCGCCGUGUCCUCUUUGACAUCGACAUCUUUGAGGCAUGUCGAAGCUUCCUGACUUCCCCAGAUGCUGCCCCCUUACGUGCUGCUGCUAUUGGGUCGCUGGCUGGGCGAUGGUCUGGCAAGCGGAAUCGCCAAGGCAAAAAGAAGCGACGCGGACCUCGCAGCGCGGCGGCUGCCAGGGGCUGGGGCGACUGGUCUGAGGAUGAUCCUUUUCGCCUGUCAAAGACCACGCUGGCUCACUCCCGACGCGCUUGGCGGAUCAUCCUGAGGCGGCAGUUGCAAAAGUCGUGCUUGCCUCCCUGGCGGCUUUGCUGGCGAAUUCUUCUGCUUUGUGUGCAGGUGUUGCCUGCCAGCUCCGCCCUUUUGGUGCGAGCCGCUUUGCAGUCGCGUUCGAGGCACUGA